UUUCGUCGACGGACUUGGUUUGUGCGAUCGUGUUCGUGCCCAGCUCAGAGCUUCAGUGCAGUGAAGAAACGCAACGAGUGCUGAAGGAAGAGCCAACUUUUCAGCUGUUUUCGUGUUCACCUUGAUGUGGUGGUGAAGCAAUAUUCCUCCUCCUCCUCCUCCGUAAGAAGAAAAAAAAAAUACUGGCAACUCACGAAAGAGGGAAUCCUGGUGGAUAGUCGCUGAUCAAAGUUGGCCACCAAGAGUUGGUGUCCGUUUUGCGUGAAGGUUCCAGGCGCUGUCCCCCAUCGGAAACUCGAACUUUCAGAUCGAGCCAACCCGGAAAGGACAACACCACACCAAUACGAUUGAGGACAUCCGGAAGGCGCACAUAAACCAAGCAGUCAACCACCCGCCAGUAGAGAGUAACAACCGCUUCCACCGCCACUAGAGUCCACGCGCGGUGUGCCACGAUGUCCUCCCCUAGCGCCGGCAAGCGUCGGAUGGACACGGACGUGAUCAAGCUGAUCGAGAGCAAGCACGAGGUGACCAUCCUCGGUGGACUAAACGAGUUCUGCGUCAAGUUCUUCGGCCCGCGGGGGACACCGUACGAGGGCGGCGUGUGGAAGGUUCGCGUGCACCUGCCCGAGCACUACCCGUUCAAGUCGCCGAGCAUCGGCUUCAUGAACAAGAUCUACCACCCGAACAUCGACGAGGUGUCCGGCACCGUCUGUCUGGACGUGAUCAACCAGGCGUGGACGGCGCUGUACGACCUGUCCAACAUCUUCGAGUCGUUCUUGCCGCAACUGCUGACCUACCCGAACCCGGUGGAUCCGCUGAACGGGGAUGCCGCGGCCAUGUAUCUGCACAAGCCCGAGGAGUACAAGAAGAAGGUCGCGGACUACGUGCGGCGGUACGCCACGGAGGAAGCGCUGCGCGACCAGGAACCGACCGAGAGCUCCGACAGCGAGUCCAGCAUGUCCGAUUUCAGCGAGGACGAAGCCCAGGACAUGGAGUUAUAACAACGGCUAGCCUCGAUACUAACCUAUUAUUAUUAAAGCAAAUGGGUGGGCGGAAGGAGAACGAAGGCCGAGUUGUGUACCGGUGAGAAAUGAAAUCUUUUUAUUAAAUUAAAUGUUUACACGUAGACUAACACUCACAACACACACUUACACUGACACCAGAACACGAAAACAAUAGUAAUGAUAUCGAUGAAGAGAGAGAGAGAGCAACUUACCAAAACCAUCCAUAAUUGUGUCAACAGAAGAGGAAGCUACGCUCGAACCCUAAAUGAUGGAUUUAAGCAGAAUAAAUAGGAAAUCCCGAGCUCUCACAAACAAAUUUGUGAGCGAAGAAGUUUAACUGUGCGUUCGAUCUUGAAAAUUCACACUCACACACCAACAAAACCAACCAACAACUAUCUAUUAACAAUUGUAGGUUAAAAGCGUUCGUCUAACGUCUCUCCUUAAACAUUGAGCAAAAGAAAAAAAAAGAUGGAAAUAUCCACAAUGAGUAAGUCAUGUGUAAAUCGUUUUAGCACACAUUUGUUUUUAAUUUUAGUUCUGCGUUCUGCACCCCCUCUCCGUUUCUCACGCGUUAACAGUUAGUCGAUUUCUCGUAAAUAUUCGCAAUUUUUCAGCUAGAUUUAUUAUUUACACCUUGUUUUUGCGUUAACUCGUUGCAAUGUUUCAAGCGAUCGGCCUCACACAAUCUCUCUAAAUAUGUUUUUUUUAAUUUUUAUUAACUUUUGCAAUAGAUUUUAAACUUUACACACUCUCGUCUUACAUUUGAAAUUUUCAACAUUUCUGCGUUUGUUUGGAUGCCAGAUGGUGCGCCGCCGUCGGCGGUGCCAGGAGAAGAUUGUUUACUAAUGAUUAAUUAUUAUUAUUGAUAAUAUAAUAGUAGGAAGUAAACGUAAUUAUUACAAUUAAUGAGUAAUAUGAUGCUAAAACAAAACAGUUUGGGGAAACGUAACGAAAAGAAAGUAACACAAAAAAAUAGAAAAUUGGUAAACAAAGCAAAAAAAA